CCAGGGGGUCUUUUUCAAAAAAAAAACCACAGACACAGGGCGGAGAAGCAGUAGCCACUGGAAGAUUCUCGCGGCCCCAACGCUCCCCCCCCAACCGGCGAUGGGGCGGGAGGCCACGGAGCUCGACGCCGAGCAGCAGCAGCAACAGCAGCAGCUCCUGCUGCGCCGCUGCCGCCGGCUCUUCACCGCCGAGGACCGAUCGUUCCGCAUGGAUCGGCGCUCGCAGGCCGCCGCCGCCCUCCGCGCUGCCGUCGCCGACGUGCUCCCCCGCUUCCUCGGCAGCUACACCGACGACACCCUCGAGGAGUACAUUGUAAUUUUAGUCUGUAAUGGAAAAAAUCAAUAUCAAGCACGUGAUGACUUGGAGGCCUUUCUUGGCGAUGACAGUGCAAAAUUUGUUGCAUGGCUUUGGAGUUAUCUGAGCAAACAGGCUUUGGCAUCAGCUGAUAAUUGUAAUUUUCAACAUGGGAUGGACAAUGAGAGUGAGAACUUGAAUGACAAGAAAAAACAUCUUGUUGCAAAAGCCCACCAUGGUGAUGCUCAUGUUGUAAACUCCAAGGUCACGGUACCAGAAACAUACCAUGGUCUUCAUAAGCUUGAUUCAACUAUAGGACGAAAUGUGCCUCAGCGGUGUAUCAACUCCACUGUUAUAAUCUCUCCUGAAAAAUUGGGCUGCAACCAGUUCAUUCAGGAGAAUCAGCAUCACAAGCAGAAUGGUCAAAAUGUAGCACGCAGCAGAAGCUUCUCUGAAAGGACUACAGAAAUAUUAACGCAAGAUGAACUCCAUGGAGAGCACCUUGGAAGAAAUGCUUCCACAAGAUGGUUACCUGAGAGUGUCGGAAUCGAUGAUGGGAGAGUGCCAGUGUCCUUGAAACGACGUCGCAAUGUCUGGGAUAGGCUAGGGAAGCCCGUUGUAGAAGAUCGUGGUUUAGUUGGACAAACUCAUGACAUACCUGUUCAAAAUGGAGUACAUAAGGUGGCCAAGUUAAUGGUGGCUGAGCAUGAACCAAGAUACCAUGUCACCUCAAAUGCACAACAUGAUGCAUUUGAUAAAGCAGGUUCCAGAAAAUUCACCAAUUGCUUUACAGAUGUCAACACAAUGCAAGGGCAUCAGCAUGCGGGGAAGGCAAAUAGAAGCAGGCUUAUUGGUAGGCUAAGUUUUGGUGAAGGAAAUGUGUUUCAUGGUGAUGUGGGGCACAAUAAUCUUCAAGAUAGAGAUGUUAUCAGCCAGAAGUCCAGUUUGUCAUUGCCAAUUAAAAACAUUCAAUCACAAAGUUUGAACGAGUUCACAUCUGACAUGAAGGGUUCACCUCUUGCUGUUUCUGAGCCCAUAUGUAAUACAUUCAGACCAUCAAAAGGGCUUGCGCCAGCUUCAAAAAAAUUGCCUCUGCUAACUGUACCGAGAAAUUCAGAAACCGAAGUAUCACAUGGUGAGCAAGUUAGCAGCCCUGCGUAUUCAAAGAUCCCAUCUUCUGUACAUGAGGACGGUAACAGUUGCAGGAAUAAACUUGUGAAAGAAGAAAUUUUGGAUGUGAAGCUAAAGCUCAAGCAAAUGGAACAAGAUGUCCUCAAGCUUCGUUCCAAGCAGGCACAGAUAAACAAUGGAAAGCAAGGAGCCCUAUCAUUAGGGCCCCAUGCUAAUUUGGAAGACGAUGCUGACUCCAGAACUAUUUUCGUGACAAAUGUACAUUUUGCAGCAACAAAGGAAGCAUUGUCAAUGCAUUUCAGGAAGUGCGGCACUGUGCUUAAGGUUAACAUUUUGACAGAUGCCAUUACUGGCCACCCUAAAGGGGCUGCAUAUGUUACUUUUGCUGACAGGGAAUGUAUUGAGAAAGCUGUAUCUUUUAGUGGGACAUCGUUUCUUGCCAGAGUACUCACUGUAAUGCGCAAAGCGGAUGCACCUCCAGGAUUUCUGGCAUCUGUUCAACAGACUGGGAGGCCUCUGCAGCCAUGGAAGUCACCACCGUUCAAGACAGCGUCGACCCCAAAGCAGACAUCUGGUUACCACCUCCAAUGGAAACGCGACCAGUCUGUGCUGGAGAAAUCUCCUGCCAGCUGCGCCACCAACUGAGUAUCAAAAUUGGGGGAGACGAGGGAAUCACGCCUGUUCUACAUCUGCCGGACAAUGCCAAUGCACACGGCUUUGCAUGAGGGUGACUAUAUGGUUUUCUGUAACAGAUCAAAGAAAGAAUGUUUUUUCUUUGACAUCAGCUAAUGUUCCUUACAGAGGAAUUGCAGCGUUUAUUCAGAGCCAAAUAUAGCAUUCGUGAGAUGAGAAAGAUUUUUCCGCAGCCGAAACCAAAGCUAUAGAGCCUUUUUUUUCCCCCUUUACCUGAUAUGUUGUAGCAUAUGCCCAGACUCAUCCUGAACUUCCAUGGAACCUUCCCUCCGCAUUGUAGCUUCCGCACCAGUGACAUGAAAUGUGAUUACAGUUCUGGAACUUCAGAAGAGUCUGAAAAGAUAGUGAAACAAUACAUGUGGGUCUGGACCCAACAUUUCAUUCCUUCUGUCCGGUAAAACGCACGUGGGUUGCAUUGCCGUUA